AUGGAGUCCAGGAACAUGGCAAUAGGAAUUGUACUCUUAGUUCAGAGUGUACUUGGAAUUCUUGGAAAUUUUUCUUUUCUUUUCUACUAUUUAAUACUUUAUUACAAGGAAUGCACAUUGCAGGUAGUGGACAUGAUUCUUACACAUGUGUUCACAUCUAAUUCCUUGAUCAUUAUUUCCAAAGGACUUGCCCAGAUAAUGGGAGCCUUUGGCUAUAACCAGUUCUUCAAUGAUGUUGGAUGUAAUCAUAUUUUAUAUGUUCAUAGACUUGGCAGGAGCAUGUCCAUCAGUACCACGUGUCUUUUGAGUGUCUUCCAGGCAGUUACUAUCAGCCCCAGAAACUCCUACAGGAAAGAAAUCAAAACAAAAAGUACAAAAUUUAUGGGACUGUUAAUUUCCCUCUGGUGGAUCAUUUUCCUUCUAGUAAAUAUGUUUUUUCCUGUGUAUACAUCUACCAAUAGGAAAAGCAAAAAUAAGACACAGAACAGAGGUUUUGAAUUCUGCCUCUCUCUAGGUCGUGACAAAAUAGUAGAGUCAGUGUACACAGCAUUUUGGGUGUUCCCUGAAGUCUUAUUUUCUGUGCUCAUUGUAUGUUCCAGCACCUUUAUAAUUAUCACACUUUAUGGGCAUAAGAAGAGGGUUCAAUGGAUCCUCAGCUCACAUGCAUCCCAAAGAAUGUCUCCUGAAAACAGAGCCACACAGACAAUCCUGGUCUUGCUUUGCACUUUUCUUGCCUUUUAUACUCUCUCUUCUAUUUUACAAGGCUAUAUUGCUCUUUCCCAUAACCCUAGUUGGUGGGUAAUGAAUAUCACAUCCAUCAUUUCUAUGUGUUUUCCUACAUUAGGACCAUUUUUGAUGAGUCAUCAUUCCAUUUUUUCCAGAUUCUGCUUUACCUAG